AUGGCUAUGAAUGUGGACUUUAACGCGCUGAAAGCGCGGACCAUGGGAUCCGGCGCGGACGAGGAGGCUGUGACCGUAGAUACAAGAGGACUGAUCUCGAAGGUUCUUGCUCGGUAUUCGGGAAAAUGGACUGUCCUCCGAGAAAUGAUUCAAAACGCAGCCGAUGCCUCUGCGACCAAAGUGACCAUUAAAUUCGAAACCUUACCCUCGACAACAGUACCGUCUCCUGCGUCAGCAGACCAGACAGCGCAUCUCAAACACACCAUCUCCAAUCAUACUCUCCGUCGCCUCUUGAUAUCAAACAACGGAUUGCCUUUCAGCGAAAAGGACUGGGCUCGGCUGAAGCGCAUUGCGGACGGCAACCCCGACGAAACCAAGAUUGGUGCCUUCGGUGUUGGAUUCUACAGCGUAUUUGAUGACUGUGAAGAGCCAUUUGUGUCGUCAGGCAACCAAGCCAUGGCCUUUUACUGGAAAGGCAAUGGGCUGUUUACCCGUCGCUUGGAUCUUGGGGAGACUUUAAACCAAGACACUACAUUUGUCCUGGAUUAUCGCAACGAUUCCUCUCCUAUCCCAUCUUUGAUGCAGCUUUGUCAGUUCCUAUCCAGCAGCUUGACAUUUGUUUCUUUGCAGGAGAUAGAGCUACUUCUCGACGAUUGGAGCCUCCUGCGUCUAUCCAAGAAGACCGCACCAGGUGUCAAUGUGCCGAUUCCUCGAGAUAUCGAGACAAAGACCGCGGAGGGCUUAAUGAAGGUCACCGGUAUCACCCAGGAAAUUGCGCAAGUCGAUGCAUCCUGGAUGCGCAUCGUGGAAUGGAACCCAAAUACAAGCUUGUUCCGCCUUGACAAUAUUCGUGAUACAACAAGCUCCUUGCGCAGCUUCUUCUCAAAGUUUACUGGACAGAGCGGACCAGAAAAACAAGCAAUCACCCAGCAGGCAGAACGACCGGAAGAGCCGAGCAAUAUGGCGACCAUGGUGAAUGCAACCGUGUUCUUGCACAUAAACACCGCCUCGAUUGUGCCCUCGAUCAGCUAUUCUCUGAGCAAAGAGCUUGAGAGAGCUACGCGCAAACCACCGCCCAAGAAAGCCACCAUCGCAAUCUUGACUCCAUCCUACGAUGCCGAUAUCGCAAGCGGUGCAUCUGACUCCCAGUCUGAGAUCCUUGCUUCGAUCUUGCCCUCCAAGUCAGGAAGGGUGUUCAUUGGAUUCCCCACGCAACAAACUACUGGUCUCAACGCCCAUGUAUCGGCACCGUCGGUCAUUCCCACAGUUGAGCGAGAAAGCAUUGACCUCAACACUCGUUACAUCAGUAAAUGGAAUCUGGAGAUGCUGCGGGCAGUUGGUGUUGUUUGUCGAAUUGCUUGGUCUGCAGAGAUGUCUACCAUCAAGUCGAGGAUCGCUUCCAAAAUCGGGCCUUCACGUACAAAAAUCCGCAAGGAGGAUAUCGUUGACGUGUUGCCCGAAGCGAUACACACUGCGAAUCAAUUUGUGUUCCGUGAAUCUACUCCGUCUUCCGUUCUUGGGCAGACUAUCGAGGAUGCGUUCUGGAUGUGCAACAAGAAUGCCUCUAUCGAGAUCCUUUCAACAUGCGGUGUCAUUCCAAGUCACCAAACGCGAAUUGCCCCUAAGGAUCUCAGCUUCAUGGAUUCAAUCCCUGCUCUUCCAGAUGAGUUUGUGAAUAAUGCAAAGGAGUUCGUCGAGAGGCUGACUUCUUUCGGCUUGGUAACAGAAAUCACAGUGUCGGAUAUCAAGCGUGAGCUUGAGUCUAAUACAUUACGAUCUGGUCAAAUUGUUGAGUUCCUGACGUGGCUGGGCCGCAAGACUGUAUCAGGACAACUUGAUAGACAAUCCGUUCAGAGUCUUCUCCGGGUUGCGGUCGCAAAUCAUGAGGACAAAGAGGGUAAAUCGACGCGAUUGAUCGUCUUCGCCGACAUUACGCGCUUCUUAAACCCUCAACGUAUCCCGGCCGACCUCCCAGUGCCAUCGUCCGUUAUGCCUUUCCAAUUCACAAAAGCUCUGAGCAAACAUGAGCUCGAAAGCCUGGGAUGGGUGGAACUGCAGAUCGUUCCUUGGCUGCGCUGGCUUGUCGUUAGCUCUAGUGACCGUGGCCUUCUCGGGGCGGAUCAAGACAUCACGCAAAAUCCUUCUUUCGCUGGUCAGGUUCUACCAGUUCUAUCAAAGCAAUGGGAAGGCUUGAGCUCUGCUGCCAAGCAAUCGAUUAUUGAUACCCUGCAACCUCAAACUGUGAUUCCUACCAGAGUUGGGAUGAAGCAACCUAUGCAGACAUACUUCGCUUCCGUCCGCCUUUUUGACGACCUUCCCGUUGUGCACGGCCUGAACGGCGUCAAGGAGAAAUUCCUAGUGUCACUUGGAGUUCGCAAGACUGUUGAAUUGGGUGUCAUUUUCGAUCGUCUUAUCAACAAUCCCGAGUCGGGAGAUGCCAAAGGUCCUCCGACAAGAAAGUGGAACCACGUGGAUCUUAUUCGCUACCUCACCUCUGUUCGCGAAGACAUUCCUGCGAAUGAUAUUCAGAGGCUCAAAAACACGAGCAUCUGUACUGCAGAGAGUCGAAAAGUCUCUCAGGAAGCACCCGGACCUCGCUACAAGAUUUCCGAAAUGUACGAACCGAAAGAUUCUCUUCGAGCCUUGGGCUUGCCAGUCAUUGAAUGGCCAGGUCUAUAUGUCAGUUCUAGCAACGAGGGUAGAUUCCUCACAAUGAUGGGCUUGAAGAGCCACCCAUCCGCGUCUGACCUCAUUCGACUCAUGAUCAUGAGUGACCAGGAGAAGGACAGUCCCCGGAAGAGCAAAGUGCUGGCUUACUUCAUCAACGAGUAUCAUACGAAUGGUUACGACGCCUAUGACGUUGGUGCCGUCACCGUUCCUUUCUUGCCUGUUGAAGGGUCUGAAGCUCUCAGCACCCCUAAAAAGUGCUUCACGGACGAGGGCGCGUCUUUGUUUGGCUUACAGAUUCUCCAAAAACGCCUUCAUCCACAUGCAUCCAAGUUUGGAGUCAAACCCCACCCUCCCAUGGCGGAAUGUCUUCAGAUACUUAUUCGCAACCCUCCAUCCACUCAAAAGGAUGCAAGAGUCGUCUUCAAAUAUCUGGCUGGUCGAGUUUCCGAUCUUAGCUCGCAGGAUAUUGAGCGUGUUGGGAGAGCUCCCAUUAUCCCUAUUACCACAAGGGAUCACGCAGAGAAAGCUCCUCGAACCCGACUUGUUGCCCCAAGACUCUGCUAUCUUGGUGAAGGAGAAGACUACAAAGACAUAUUCGACUUUGUGGACUUUGGUCAAGAAGCAAAUCUCUUCCUCAUGGCGGUGGGCUCGAGAAGAGAGCCAACUAAGACUGAGAUUGCUCGCAUGCUUGUGAAAGAACCUGCUCGAGUUUCUUCAGCAUUCCAAAGCUCUGAGAAGUACCUUAUGCUCUUGAGAACUCUCGCGGAGCAUCUUCCGAUUCUCAAGAAAGACAAAGAGCUUUUCAGCGAGAUGAAGCGGGCGAAGUUUUUGCUGGCCAGCCACCUAGAUGAAGAUCUAGACAUCAGGGAAUGGAGCCUUUCGUCGCCUAGAGACAUUGUUGUUGUGGAUGACUUCCAAAGCUUCAAUCUUUUCAAGGAGCAUAUCCUUGCUGCACCGCAGGAGGAAACCCUGGAAAACUUCUAUGUUGCUCUUGGGACGAUCCCUUUGAGCUCACUUGUCGAAGAACAGGCGCGAUUUGGAGGUGUGGCAGCGGACCAAAGCGCCGGAGCCAAGUUACACAAGCUUAUCUUGGAGCGUGCUCGGCUGUUCCUGCAUGACCAACCCUCGGAUGCGAUCCAGCAUGGAGCCCGAUGGCUCGAAAACAGCUUCACCGUACAGGUCGUGAACUCGAUUUCUCUGACCCGGUCUCUGAAGGGUCGGCGUGUAUCGCACACACAAAAGCGAAGCGCCAUUGUCGCUCGCCUGUCCAGCAACUGGGGGCUGUGUAUCUGCCCUGGCAGUUACGACCUAUAUCAGAUCAGUCAAUCUCUGGUUCAUCUGAUUCUGAAGCGGCCGAAACUCCAUUCUACUCUGACACUCGAGAUGUUGUUAAAAACGGAUCUUUUCGAACUUCGUGCUAGAGGAUAUAAUGUGGAACGUAUCCUCAGACAGAAGGCCCAGGAGGCUCGAAUGGCGGAAGACAAAAGACAGAAGCAAUUAGAGGAAGAGAGACGUGUCCUGCAAGAGAAGGAGGCUGCGUGGGCAGCGGCGCAGACCCAACGAGCCAACGAAGAGUCACAUGAGCAGUCUCAGUCGACAUCGAAGGAUGCAAUGCCCGGCGACUUUCCUGAAUCACCCAAGAGCAAACGAUCGGUGGAGGAGACGCAUGCUGCUCCGACCGAGCCACCUAUGCCGGAGCGGGCUCCUCGUGGCCUAUUUGCAAACUUGCAGAAACGAUUUGGCCUGGACGGGAACCGCUCAGGAUCGCGCGGUAGCGAGCAACCCCAACCUGCACUUCCGGAAUCCUCAACUCCCCCUCCUCCUCCUCCGCCGCCUCCUUAUUCCUCCACAGACCCCCAGAAGCAGCGCCCAGAACAGCCGGUCAAUGUCAGCUCGCCGCAUCAGCUGAAUCGACAACUCCUUUCUGCUGUGCAAGCGUGCCGUCCACAUGGAUCGUCCGAUGUUUUUAGUCGGCCCGAGACAAAUCAAAUAUCAGAAAGCAAGUCCUAUUGCGAUGAACGACCAAGUCAUGAUUUGGAGUUCGUUGCAACACUCCCCUGCGGCGUCAACGUCUUGUUCGUCAGGUCGAUAACGGAUCGCUCUGCGUUCCUCGCGAACAACCGCACCGGAAUCAACAUCUUUGCUUCAAUCAUUCUCGAUUGCGGUUUCAUUUUUACUAUGCGCGCAGACAGCCUGAGCAUCUUCUACGACCCAGGUGGCAAGACGAUCGCUUUCAACCGAGCGGGCAGCAUCUUCUGCAACUAUUUCUACUUCCAGCAAUUGCAUGAGAAGCCGCUCCUCCAAUCGACUAGUCCGACCGAUCGUACCGAUGCAAUUGUCUACUGGUGGGUAAUCUUGUGCCAUGAGUUAGCCCACAACCUUGUGGGAGACCACAGCUCAGCGCACAGUUACUACACGGAGAGCUUUGUGGGCCAAUAUUUCCCCAAGGUGGCUGCUAAGCUUGCUAGCCUGCAGGCUCCGAUGCCAAAUCCAGCUUGA